CACACAGGGCGGUCUACCGUGUCUCAAGUGGAACUAUCGAGCACUUAACACUGUAGUCUGAGCGAAAAUAAAAAACGCAUCAAUAAAGUUUAACACUUUUUUCUUUAGAACUUCUAUUUACGUUUGGAGCAACACCGCCAUUCCGCGCGGUCCUUCCACGAGCAUGGCUUCUGAUGGUGCUUUUCUGUCCGCGUUACAGCCCAACACAUCUGUCAGUACCUACGCACUCCCCUCGGAGAUCCAGCUUGGUCAUGGGAACUCACUUUCGGAUGAAGCAGCAAGGGCAAAACGCGUUCAGCAGCAAGUAGCACUGCGUCUAGCAGAGAAGACCACCACUCUUCCCCGACAGAACGGCUCAGCCUCACAAUACGCCACGUCAGACUACGGAAGUUCAUCUAUGAAGUACCAGACAGUCAGCCCGGGGUUCAGCUCCCGCUCCUAUGCCUACAGCAGCAGCGCCAGAGGUGGAGGAGGAGGUGGAGGAGGAGGUGGAGGAGGAGGAGUAGGAGUGGGCUCAGCACUGGCCCAGUACGCGGCCACCAGAGGCUACACCUCCCGCUCAGCCGUAGACGGAGGAAACCGCAUGAAGAUCAGCAUGGGUGGAGGCGGCGGUGGCGGAGGGGCCCGAGCCAGCAGCAUGUAUUACCAUGACGACAUGCGCCUCGGGGGAGGAGGUGGCGGUGGCGGGUAUCACACCUUGGGUGGCGGCGGUGGCGGCGGGUAUCACACUAUGGGCAGUGGUGGUGGCGGUGGCACGUAUCAGAGCAUCGGCGGUGGCGGUGGGUACCACACCAUCAGCGGGUACCAGACAUCAGGUGGUUUCCAAGGCGGCGGAGGAGGCGGUUACCAGGUUACCAGCGGCGGUGGAUUCCAGGGUGGCGGUGGAUUCCAGGGCGGCGGCGGCGGCGGCUACCAGCAGCAGAUGAGCAUGACGCGCUCCGUUAGCCGGGCAGCGCCGCCGCCCGACGUGGACUCCAUCUCGCUGCGCUCCAUGCGGCUGCAGCCCACGCCCGUGGCCUCCUGGGUGCAGGACGGCAGCGAGGGCAGCCUGGUGUCCGAGCAGCAGCACCCCUUCUACGCCGCCAACGGCAUCUCCCAGAUGGCCACCUCCUCCGCCGGCCAGAUCCGCUCCACCACCACCACCAGCACCGUGCCCACCAUGCGGCGCUCGCUGAGCGGCACGCUGGCGCGCUCCACGGCGGGCAGCGGCGGCAUGAUGGAGGAGAGCGUGGAGCGCCAGUACUCCUUCAAGGGCCCCGCCCACCGCACCAUCAGCCGCAUCAACCAGCGCAACAACACCAACCGCAUGAGCAUGGGCUCCACCGGCGGAGGCUCCGUCCACGGCUUCGUCAUGGGCGGCUCCCAGGUCAACAUGGGCGGGCGCAUCAGCAGGGCCAUGUCCACCAAGAGCAUGCAGAGCGUGGGCAAGGGCCUGGACGUGUUCGACGGGGAGCUGAACGGCAGCAUGAGCCACUUGGCAGGGCUCAACUCCCUGGACAUGCCCACUGCCAUUAACUACCUGGAGGAGACCACAGAUCCUGCUCUUCAGAUGUUGGGUGCUGCCUACAUUCAGCACGAGUGUUACCACAACAGUGAGGCCAAGGCUGAGGUGAACCAGAUGGGUGGCAUUCCCCUGCUGGUGAAGCUGUUCAACAGCGAGAGCGAGGAGGUGCAGCGCUACGCCACGGGGGCCAUGCGCAACCUCAUCUACGAGAGCAUGGGCAACAAGGUGGCGCUGAUCGAGGCCGGCGGCAUCCCGGAACUCAGCGAGGCGCUCAAGCAGCAUGACAACGAGCUCCGCAAGAACAUCACCGGUAUUCUGUGGAACCUUUCCUCCAAGGACAACCUGAAGGAGAAGUUAGCUAGAGAGACCCUGCCGGAACUGACCGCGCAGAUUUUGGUGCCACUGUCAGGAGUGGACAACCCUGAGUUCAUCGAGCAGAACGCCUCCGAGAAGGAGAUCUUCUUCAACACCACAGGCUGCCUCAGGAACAUGAGCUCAGUGAAUGAGAAGACCAGACAGCAGAUGAGGGAGACCAGCGGGCUGGUGGAUGCACUGGUGGGCUACAUACAGAGCACCAUGGAGGACAGCAGGGUGGAGGAGAAGGGUGUGGAGAACUCCAUGUGCGUGCUCAGGAACCUCUCCUACCAGCUGUACUCUGAGAUGCCCCCCUCUGCGCUGAUGAGGCUGGAGGGCCCCUCCAGGGGCCAGGAGAUCUCCACGGCCGAGGCCAUGGGCUGCUACACCCCCCAGAGCAGGAAGGCCAAAAGCAAGCAGAACCCGGACAAGAUGACCUUCACAGAGGUGGCCAAGGUGCCUAAGGGCAUCGAGUGGCUGUGGCACCCCCAAGUGGUGGGGCUGUACAACGGCGUGAUCCAGCGCUGUGAGAUCAACACCACCUCGCGCGAGGCCGCCGCCGGGGCCCUGCAAAACAUCACUGCUGGCGACAAACAGUGGGCGUCCAAACUGAGCUGGGUUGCUCUCGAGCAGGAGAGGAUGUUGCCUGUGGUCGCCGAUCACCUGCGGACCACCAAUGACCUGGAGCUGCGCUCUCUCACAGGCUUCCUCAGGAACCUGUCCCGCCACGCAUACAACAAGAACGACAUGGCUACAAAGGUGGUCAACACUUUGGUAUCCAAGCUUCCCGAUGACGGGCAACAGAGAGAGCCGUCCAAUGAUGUGGUGGUCAACAUCUGUGGAACGCUCAACAACCUGGUCAUCAGCAGCGAGGUCGCGGCCAGGGACAUCGCCUACUUUGACGGCCUUCCGAAGCUGAUGGGCAUCAAAACGUCCCAUGACAACAGUUCUGCCAAGCAGAAAUCAGCCAAAGCCGCAGCAACAGUCCUCUGCAACAUGUUCCAGUACAAGAAACUACACAAGGAAUACAAGAAGAAAGGAUAUACGAGACAGGACUUUGCCGACCUGACCAUCUGAGAAGCAUCUACAACACUGGGUCAUAACAGUGUGGGCACAUGGACACCUUUUUGUAACUAUGGGAACACUGGUUUCUGGGUGGAACUCUCUGACACGGGCUGUUGGCAUGGGAAUACACAGCCCAGCAAUGUGUAUUAAGAUAACAGUAUUCUAUGCAAUGUCAUCCGACGACCUCUGGGGGCAGCCAUUCAGCAUCUACAGAGAAGAAGCACCUUAGAACUUUUUGCAUCUCUUUGAUGCGUCUCUUCCCAGGGAAUUGAAAAUAUAUCUAUGCAAAGUUUACUGAGUCUGGUAACAGGGAGUUUAUUGGGCUCUGCGCCUGAAUUGUAAACAUUCAAACCCAUUCUCUACAUCAUGGGAUGCUUUUGUACAUAGUUUCUAUUCCAAUGAAUAGAAUAUAUAGUUAACUUUUUUUUACCUUCAAGUCAGCUUUAGCAUUUUCAACUUCAAAUAUGUUAUGUUUAAACUUGGUGAUUUUGGGAAAUGCACCAAAAAACUGGGGGUAAUUAUGACACAGGAGACAAUUAAAGGAGUUAUCUCCCGAUGGCAACAGAUAAAAUGAAAACUUUGGACUUUUGAAAAAAUUGCAAAAAAGUGUCAAAUGGAAUCCCUCUAACACCUCAAGCCUCAAGUCUCAACACCAGCCAAGGAUUCCAGCCUUUCAGUUUAGAUUGAUUUACCUCCAGCUCUGGUGUUUAGCAUUUGUUGUAUCUCUAAGCACUACAUUGGCUUUUGUAACACACACUUACAGUAUAUAAACUCACAAUGCCUUCUGUUUGGUGUUCUACAUGGUGUCUUAAUGUCUUUGUUUCAUUUGUAUAGAUAUGGAUAUCUUAUUAAGAUGUGGUGAAAGACUUUAUGUAAUGCUAUAGAUUGUUCUCUCAACAAAGAACUGGCUUAAGGUUAGAAUUAUUUCCGUUUAUGCUGGAAUAAAUCCAUGGCAGAGUUGCCUAUAUGAACAGGGAUUCUUGACUAACCAUCUUCAGGUAUCUGCAGGAUGUAACACUGUCUGGUGUCUGUAUAAUCAUGAGUUUAUACAACUACAGUAACAGUGAGAUUUUAUUGAUUGGAUUUGUAUGUUCUCAUUUUUUAAUGUUCCUAUUUGCAUAUCAUUGAUCUUUUUUAAGUUCUUUGCUGUUUCAUUUUUAGUCUGCCACCAUGUAUAAUUUUGAGGAAAAAAAUGCAAUCCAAUUAAGGAUUGAAAAUCAUUAACUUUAUAUUUUUGUCAUAUUUUCUUCAGCAAGUUUUGUUUUUGUGCUGGUUUAUGUUGCAGGUGUUUCAUAAAUUUGAUUUCAUAUAGAUCCAAAUUGUAUAUAUUUGCAUAAAUUGUAUAUUUAUUUGCAUACACUUGAAUGUCAACAGUUUCUAGCUUUUGAAUGUUUGUUGUUUCUAAAUUGUCAAAAAAAAUGCUGAAAGAAAUCUGCUUGAGGGAAAAUAAGGAAGUAAAAUCACAUUGCUCACAAGCUACUUUUGCACUUAAUAAUGUGUUAGGCGACUAGCAUAUAGCUAAGAGCGAGAGUUAGAGAGUUACAACUACACAACAAUCUGUUCAGUCAUGGACAGGAAAAUAAGUUGUCAGACGCUAAUGACAUCUGUAAAGAUUCCAAGAAUAUUAUCAUGUUAUAUGUCCAUUAACUGCACUGAAGUCUGAUCAGGCUUAAGGGGCCCUAUAGGAAAUGCUCCCAGCGACCUCACUGGCAGGGAACUCGGAGUCACUCACUGGCUCUUCUUUUGUCUGUGUCUUUAAAUCCGGUCUGGAAUGUUGUCAACAGAUUCAGUGGCCAUAAGCAUACCUGCACAUGUACAUGCCUUAAUAAUGCACAAAGACCCAAUAAAGAGAAACUAGUGGAUAAAGAA